AUGGCCAGCCGGCCCCAGCCCCGCAUCCUCUGCCUGGACGGCGGCGGCAUCCGCGGGCUCGCCGAGAUCCGCAUCCUGAAGGAGCUGAUGCUCCAAGUCCGGCUGCAGAACUCCCUAGAUUUCACUCCCGAGCCGGCGCAGUGCUUCGACUACAUCUGCGGCACGAGCACGGGCGGUCUCGUCGCCGUGCUCAUCGGCCGCCUGGGCAAGACGAUGGACGAGUGCGAGGCCCUGUUCAGGGACCUCGGCGCCAAGAUCUUUUCGGGCGGCUCGUCGUGGAGGACGGCGAGGCUCGUCCUCAAGGGCUCACAGCACAACAGGGAAGGGCUGGCGGACGUCAUCCGCAGCCAGGCCGGGCAAGAAACCCUCCACGAGGCAGAUGCGUCUGCCGGUGGCCACGUCCCGGUCGCCGUCGUGUCCGUGUCGAAAACCACUGGAGAUGAAUACCUCUUCCGGAGCUACGGCGUCCGGGCCGCCAGCGAGGCCUGCUCCGUCGUCGACGCCUGCCUGGCCACCUCCGCCGCGACCACAUUCUUCCCCUCCAUCACGAUCGACGGCAUCGAGUACGUCGACGGGGCCUUUGGGAAGAACAACCCCAGCGGCGUCGUUCUGAGGGAGCUCGAGUCCGUCGAGUCCCCGAUGCGGUUGGCCAACGCCGUCGCGGAGGUCGGAUGCUUCGUGUCAGUCGGCGCAGGUCGCCCGACGUUUGAUCGAGAGAGCGACUCGUUCAAGUCCAAAAUCACGCCUAAAGGGAUCACGUCCAUCACGGACGCCGCUAAAAUCUGCGUCAAGAUCGCGACCAAUUGCCACAGGGAGCAUCUGGACGUGGAGUACAGGUUCAAGAACGCUGGAAGGGCGGACAUCUAUCACCGGUUCGACGUCGACAGGGGCUUGGAGUCGGUGGAACUGAACGAAGCAGACGAGAAUGCAUUGAAGCACAUUGCGGCGGUCACAAAGGCCUAUCUCAAGAGCCAGCAGAGCAGUCUGGAGCAAUGUGCGCUGAUGAUCAACCCGAGACCGAGUAUGUAA